AUCAACCUUUAUUCUUUGUAGCUUAUGACUCGACAAAUGAUUGUGCGGUCAGUUUUUCUCCUCCUAUGCCUUGUUUCCCUUUCUAAAGGAGUCCCAACACCUGACGAAACUCCCGCCGCUGAAACCAAAGACAAUGUAACUGAGGCUGAAGCGCCUGCUGAAGAGGCUGAAACAUCUGCUAAAGAGGCUGAAGCACCUGCUGAAGCACCUGCUAAAGAGGCUGAAGCACCGGCUAAAGACCCAGAGACCCCUGCCAAUGAAACGACUGUUCCAGAAAAAGAAGUUGCGAAAGGUGAAAUCAAGACCAAAUCUAUCGAGGGUGACGUUGUGACACUUCCACUCCGAAUGCCGGAUGUUUUGACGACAGUGCAUGAUAUGUAUCUUGUGACUCCAGUUAAAGUGGACUACGAUGAUGCUUACAUUGUGGGAUACGUACCUCAGGCAUCUGCGGAGAGAGUUCACCACAUUCUGAUAUACGGGUGCACCAAGCCAGCCCAGGACAAACCCUACUGGGAUGUGGGUGACAUGGGUGGGAUCUGUCACUGGUCUGCUGAGGUUAACACUAUUCUGUGGGCCUGGGCUCUGGACGCUCCUAAGUUUGAUCUACCCGACAAGGUCGGUUUUCACGUGGGAAGGAAUGCCAAGAUAGACUACAUUCUACUACAAGUGCACUACAAAUAUAAGUUAAAGGAAGCAGAUAACAGUGGUGUGGAUGUGAUCCUCAUCACCAAACCUCCUCCUAAAUUAGCUGGGAUAUACCUGUUUGCAACUGGUGGAACUGUAAUUCCUCCCCGUAUGAGUGUGAACGCUGACACCACGUGUGCAUUCCAAGACGAUGUCGAAAUCACACCAUUCGCUUACAGGACUCACACCCACAAGUUAGGAGUGCGUGUGUCAGGGUGGAGAGAGCGCGAGGGAACGUGGACACUGCUCGGUACCGGUAACCCACAGAAACCUCAGAUGUUUUACCUCAUGAAGGGGGAGAACCAUCCCGUUAGAAAAGGUGACAUACUUCACGCACGGUGUGAGUUUGUGAGCACACGUGACAUCACUACCAGAAUAGGGUCCACUGGCGAGGACGAGAUGUGUAACUUCUACAUGAUGUACUUCAUGGACGCUGACAAAUUCAGGCUAGAGGACGGUUGCUACUACGAAAAGAAAUUCACCGUACCGGAUUACGCGAGAGUGAAAGAAGAAGAGAACGAGGUGUCGUACGAGGUGGACGAUUCCUGGAAAUCUGUUGGUAUUGUGGAGAAUAUCGGUCAGAUAGGAGGCUUAUCUCACUCAGCAGAUAAGAAACAGCUUGUUGUGUUCCAUCGUGCAGGCAACGAUUGGUCUAAAAAGCAGUGGUUCGACUAUGAUAACGUGGUGGUCGAUAAGGAAGCUAUCCUAGAGGAGGAUGUGAUCUUGUUUAUUGAUCCUAUAUCUGGAAAUGUGACACGGUCCUUGGGCAAGAAUCACUUCAUAAUGCCUCACGGAGUCUUUGUUGAUCACCAUGACAAUGUCUUUGUUACUGAUGUUGCUCUUCAUCAAGUUCUAAAGUUUGAGGUUAACAAGACGGAGCCCUCGUUAAUACUAGGAACUAAAUUUGAGCCCGGUAACGAUUCGUCCCAUUUCUGCAAACCUACUUCGGUUGUCGUCACUGCAGAGGACUUUAUCUUCGUCGGCGACGGAUACUGCAACUCCCGGGUUGUUAAAUUUAACAAGAGGGGGAUAUUUGUCGGAGAAUUUGGCAAAGAAUCAAGAAAGAAGAAAGUACCUGGGAGUAUGGGCUUGGUGCACGAUCUGGCUAUCAACCACCCAGAUAGGAUGAUUUAUGUGGCAGACCGGGAGAACGGACAGAUCCACACGAUGACCUACAAAGGAAACUUCACAGCAGUGUAUUCCGUGCCGGGGAGUGUGUACGCUAUAGACUACAUUCCUGAAAGUAGAUUAAUUGCUGCUGUCAAUAUAUCUGAUUCGGAAUCUCCUGCUAAAGUCAUGUUGGUUAACGUAGAUUCAGGAGAGAUAAAAGGAGUGUACCCCUGCAACACCAGCAACUUCACCAUGCCACACGCCCUAACCUACAUCCAGCACAUCGGCAUCUUCCUCGGUGAAAUAACCGCACCGUUCCACGUGUGGAAGCUCUCUGAAAAACAGGAAGACACGGAGAAACGUAAGGAAACACCCGCACUGCUCAACAUCCUUGCAUCCAAUAUUCCCAUUUCUUUUCUCGUCGUAAUCGCGGUGUUAGCGGUCAUUCCCAUUGCGUACAUGGGGGUGGUCAUCGUGAUUAGGUGUAACAAUAGAGGGGACAGUGACAGUUAUGAUAAAAAUGGAUUUCAGAAGCUGUUGAGAGACUAUGAUAGUAGUGAUGAGGAGGAAGAUUUAGUUUUCAAGAAUUCUAAGGUUUAUAGAUGAGCAGACCCCUGCUUGUGUUUCAGAAAUAUUUUGUAAUGAUCUUUCCUAAUAAGGUCGAUCCGCCAUGCAUCUGGUAAGGGAACGCUCACUGUUACGUUUUAUUUCGGCAUCCCCUUUAUUUCGCUGGCGUAAUCAUUUUCAAAUAACCUUUCUAAUUGCUUGCAUGAUAUGUGAACGAUCCCUUACGCUACUUAAAAAUUUUGGGAGAAAUGAUUUGAUAUUGAUUAUUGCUAUAUUUUCGUAGGGUUUAUGGGGUUUUUUGCUGCCUCAGGCACUUAAGAUUUAAGGAAAAUAUUUAAGGCAUUUCAAAUAAGCACUGCUUAUUACUUUAUUCAUUUUCUGUUGUCAGUAGUUAAUUAAGCUAGUCUCAGGAUGUGACUGUGUAAGUUUUGUAGUAGUUCUACGAUGAUCCGGAUAUUAAUUAAUCGCUGUGAUAUUUAUCCCUGAACUGUUGUUAAUUAUUUCUUUAUUCUGCUCAACAUUUUCACUGCUGAAAAUAGGGAAUUUUUAAAUUAUAUUAUUUUAAUCAGAUCUUAUUUAUUCAGUGGAUUUUAAAGUUUUAAAAGUACCAAUUUAAGUAUCAAUUAAAGUAUGACUAUGUAUGAUUGUAGAUAAUGAAUUGUUGCAACUGUAGAUAAAGUAGAUCGUAACUAAAUGAUUAUCGCAUGUCUGGACAUCUGAGCGACUGUGGAAACCAUUCCGUUUUAAAUUUGUACCGACUGAAAAGUUUCGGUUUUGUUGAUUCAUUGUUAUUCUUUUUUCCGUUAUACCUCUGUGAUUGAUUUUUCAUCAAUGAUGUAAGCAACAUUUUGACUUGUUGAACGAAA